AUGAGCUCUCGACUUGUUUCAAGUGAUGCAGCCACCAAGGUCGAUGCUCCUUUUCGCGAAGCUGUUGGUGCGUUGAUGCACCUGACCACUGCAACGCGCCCGGAUAUUGCGUUCUCCGUGGGCUAUGUGUCGCGAUUCAUGGAGAACCCCCAAGAAGAACACUGGGUUGCGGUCAAGCGCAUCUUCCGCUACCUACAAGGCACCAAGAUGCACGGAAUCUGCUACAAGCCAAAUGCAAAGAUCGGAUUUCGUGGCUACUCGGAUGCAGACUGGGCCGGUGACCUCGCUGAUCGCAAGUCGACGUCUGGUUACAUAUUCAUGCUGUUGGGUGCGCCAGUGAGUUAG